AUAUCAGCAACCACUGGGAGGGAGAUGAAGAACUGGUGGUGGAAGUUACAGCAACGCAACGCGAUAUCCACAUUGCGCAUUGCUUAAAGCAUUUUAUGACCUUCCAAUUCGGAUUCUUUCUCUUCUCUGUGCUCUGAACUUCAACCGCCGUUGUUUCAUGGACUCUCUUUCUCUAUCUCACACUCACCGCAACAAAACGAUAUGGGUCUCAGCUUAAACGCCAACAGACUCAGAUAUUGCGUUCCUCUUCAUACCCCUCAUUCCUUCACCAAUUCACCUGUUUCUCUUUCUCCAUCUUCUGCUGGAGUCAAGGAGAAUUGUUUCAACUUCACGAAGUUGUCUUUGCCGUCGACAUUUUAUGAAGAAGCAGAAACUUUGCAGAAAGAUUUUGGAAGGGUUUAUGCAUUUUCCGCAUUGGAUACCUUGGAAAAUGAUUCAUUAGGAAUAGAAGAAACUGGGGUAAACAAAGGGAAGAUGUCAGUGAGGAGUGUACAUGAAAUAUUUGAUAAUACCCUAAUGCCUUUUGGAGAGGUAUCUACUGUCUCAAAGAAGUUUGAGUCAUUCACGCCACAGCAUUUCCAUUUAUUAAUGAAGAACCUUGAUGUUUUAGAAGAGACUUUUGCCGAUUCUGAAGCAUCAAGAUUGGAAAAGGAUAUUAGAUUGCAACUAGAGAAGCUUGGUGCUCUCGAGUUAUUCAAUGUUUGUCUAUCAAGAUCACUUGGAAGCUCACUUGUGUCUGACUAUGCUGAUAAAGUACCUAACAAGAGCAAAGUUGUUGUCCCGUCUAGCAAGAAAAAGGAAAAUAAAACUAGAAGAAAGAGGGAAAUUGAUGUCACAACAGUUUCCACACAGUCAUUGACUUUAAAAGCUAAUCAGGAAGAUCUAUUAGGAUUCUCAGUUUCAGUUGUGAAAAGAGCAACAAAUAGUAAAAGUAAAAGAGUGAUGGUUGCUAAAAGGGAGGCAGAGAUGGCAAAAGGUGUAAAGGUGCUAGCUGAGUUAGAGAAAAUUAGGACAGCUAUAGAAGAUGAUACCAAGCGAGUAGUGACCUUGAAUCACUGGGCGGAAGCAUCUGGAGUUGAUGAGAAGGUGCUACAGCAGCUAUUGCAUCAUGGUUAUUAUUGUCGGGAUGAGCUCAUACGGAGUUCUCGUUCCUUAGUUCUAUUCCUUUCCAGAAAAUACAGGGGUAUGGGAAUAGCUUUGGAUGACUUACUUCAGGCAGGAUAUGUAGGUGUUCUCCAAGGAGCUGAGAGAUUUGACAGUACAAGGGGUUACAAAUUCUCAACCUAUGUGCAGUACUGGAUAAGGAAAUCAAUUUUAAGAGUGGUGGAACGAUAUUCUCGAGGAGUCAUAAUUCCUUGGUCAUUAAACAGGGCAAUAAAGCAAAUCCAGAAAGCUCGAAAAGUCUUGAAAAGUACACACAAGAAAUGCCCAGAUGAUUUGGAAAUUGCAAAGAUGACAGGUCUUUCACUAGAUAAAAUCAAAUCAGCCAGCAAUUGUCUGAGAAUAGUUGCUUCAAUUGAUCAGAAGGUGGGGAAUUGCCUUGGUAUAGAAUAUAAUGAACUUCUGCCCGAUACAACAAUCGAGAGCCCUGAAAAUGCUGUCCUGAAGCAACAUAUGAAAAAAGACGUACAUGAUCUCCUGAAAGGCUUGAACUCAAGGGAAAGGCAAGUAUUAACCCUACGCUUUGGCCUUAUUGAUAACCAGCCCAAGUCUCUGCAGGAUAUAGGGACCCUUUUCAAAGUUAGCAAAGAGAGGAUAAGAAAAAUAGAGAAAAUCGCUCUUACGAAGUUAAGAGAUGAGGCCACCACCUCAGACUUGCAUUAUUAUUUGGAUCUGUAGUACAUAUAUAUAUAUAUAUAUAUAUAUAUAUAUAUAUAUAUUAUCUUUAGGUUCUGGUAAGCUUAAAUAGUAUAUUGGUUUCAUCUGGCAACGAAGGAUGUGUACAAACUUUUGGUCCUGAAUUGGUUGGAUGAGAUAUGUAUAAAGUUUGGCACCCUCAUGACCUUGUGUUUCUCAACAUUUCACCACAGAAAGGUGUCGACAAUUAUAGAGAAAAGCUACGUCAAGUUAAUUAUCUCUUUUGUGGUUAUCCUUCAAA